GCGCGGGGCGGGGCGGGCGCCGGGAGCGGGCGGGCAGAGCCGGCUGCGGGGCGCGGCGCCCGGCCUGUCCCCGCGCCCAGGGCCGGAGCAGGCGGAGAGAAGAGAGGAAAAUGCGAUAUUGCGGGAGAGCGAGGAGGAGAGGCAGCAGGGCUGUGCUCUGCGCUGCCGGCCUGUAGCAGCGACAACAAACAGGAUGCGUGAAGAUUAAGUGCCAAGUGCCAAAAUGAGUGUGACUUCGUGGUUCUUGGUGAGCAGCGCUGGCAUUCGCCACCGGCUCCCAAGAGAGAUGAUAUUUGUUGGCAGAGAUGACUGUGAAUUGAUGCUCCAGUCCCGCAGUGUCGAUAAGCAGCACGCUGUAAUCAACUAUGACAAGGAGAAAGAUGAGCACUGGGUAAAGGAUCUUGGGAGCUUAAAUGGGACAUUCGUCAAUGACGUGAGGAUUCCCGACCAGAAGUACAUCACCCUGAAGCUGAAUGAUGUCAUUCGCUUUGGUUAUGAUUCAAACAUGUAUGUCCUGGAGCAAAUUCAACACAAGGUCCCAGAAGAAGCGUUAAAGCAUGAGAAGUACACCAGCCAGCUUCAGAUGAAUUUCAAAAGCACGACCAUGAAGAGGGUGGAGCAGCCCAUGGAGCACAGUGUCUACGCUGAGUCCCCACAAACUAAGCUGGAGAAAGGAGAGAGGAAGCCAAUUACAGAGACCAAUAGUUAUCGCACCCCUCUUUAUGGGCAACCUUCCUGGUGGGGGGAGGAUGAUGCAAACAACGAGGACAGAAGGCAAGAAGAGCAUUACUCAGAAAGAUCAAAAGAGAUGACCCAGCAUGAAGAGGAACUGAAUGGAAAUAUUUCUUCCUAUAGAGAUUCCCAAGAACAGUCUGUGUUUGCCUUCCGGAGGGAGCCAAGUUACUUUGAGAUCCCAACUAAAGAAUUUCAGCAGCCAUCAAAAUCUCCAGAAACACAGGUUCACGAGAUCCCAACAAAGGAUAUUGAUGCCAUAGUAGCCCCAGUUGUGCAGAGCCAUGCCUCUUUCACCAUCGAAUUUGAUGAUGGAACCCCUGGUAAAAUAAAGAUCAAAGAUCACGUAACUAAAUUUUCGCUCAGGCAGAGAAGACCUUAUAUCAAGGAACCAGCUCACACAGAGGUGAUGUCAGCGGAGAGCAAGGUGGCUGACUGGCUUGUCCAGAAUGACCCAAGCUUGAUUAGACGGCAGUCUCCAGGGGAAGAUGUGUACAGCACCAAGAGUGACCUGCCAGUUCAUGUGAAGACACUUAAAGGUUCCCGGUCGUUGACUGAAUCAAGUUGUGUGUCUUCACACCCGUUUCCUUCUCCAAAAAAAGGCAAUCGGCACGAGGACGGGACGCAGAGCGACUCGGAAGACCCCGUGGCACCCAAGGCAGAGAAGGAGCCGACGACGGGUGGUGAGCGGGUGACAGAGCAAGCCAAGCUACAGCGCCAGAUGAGGCGCGAUCCCCACGAGAUGCUGCACAACAAGCAGGCGUUUGUCAUUGAGUUCUUUGAGGACACGCCAAGGAAGAAGCGCUCACAGUCCUUCACACACAGUGCUCACUCCUCUCAGAGCGACACCGAUCCUGGGCUCAAGACCAAGGUUGAGAAACGCAAGAACGCGGUGCCAACGGAGAAGCAGGGCAGCGCGGUGCCACCAUCUCACGCUGGGACGCAAGGGGGCAAAGCCACCAGCAGCUCCUCUGGGACCCAAAGGGCUAGCUCCUUCAAGAGGGAAAAGACAGAGGAGCGAAUCAACUCUUCAUCCUCCUCUGCCUCCAGAGCAUCAGGCAGAGCUUAUGGGAGCGUUGGGAGGAAAUCUAAAAUGGCUCAGGAUUUUAUGGCUGAGUACCUGAGGGAGACGGCUCAGACUGGGAAGGCAGGCUCUGAGAAACCAGCACCUCAGCCUGUGCCGGCAGCCCCACGUGUGGUCAUAUCUUCAGAGCCAGAGCCUGCCUCUGCUCCAUCUCCAGAGCUAAAGGCUGCCCAGGGCAGGAGGAACGACGAGGAAGACAGUGUGAGUGAGACUGGCACGUACACCAUUGAGACAGAGUCACAGGAUAAAGAGGUGGAGGAAGCACGAAAAAUGAUUGAUCAGGUUUUUGGUGUUCUUGAGUCGCCUGAAUUUUCCAGAAUAUCAUCAGCUUUUAGACCAGUAAUAAAAGGUGAAAAAGACGACUCUGGUUCUCAUCAGCAUUUAGUCAGUGAAAAUGGCACUUGUCAGAAGUCACCCUUGCUCCAGGCAUUUGCCUCAAAAGCUGCGAGUGGGUCUCAGGCUGACAUGCAGAUGUCUGCAGCAUCUCAAGGAAGUCAGAAGUGGGUGUCAAGGUGGGCAAGUCUUGCUGACAGCUACUCUGACUCUGGAUCUGUUUCAGGACAAGCUGACGGAGCUCCAGAAAAUGGUGUAGCCCCAAAAUCUGGGGAACCUGAAAAUGCUGUGCCCUUGAGAACAAGGCGUCUUCUUCCCCAGCUUCCACCAAGCGAUAAAUCAGAGAGCCCCACACCCACAGUUUUGGUCUGCCAGGAGUCCUAUUCUGAGGUUACGAAGAGAACCAUUGUGAAGGAUCACUGCGUGGAAGCCUACAGCGAUCACAGCAGCCGCCUCUUCAUUCAGGAAGACUUAGAUCCAGAUAGCCUCAGCGAUGCCAGCAGAUCUGAUGAUGGCUUCAGCUCAGAAAAAGGCAGAAAGUAUAAAGAGAACAAUAAAAUGCUAGAGCAGAUGGGGGAAGACACAAAAUCAGAGAGCCGGCAGCCGGGAGCCCCCCGGGUUGCAAAUGUGAGAGCUGUGAGUGAGACGGUUUCUACUUCGUUCUACAUUGGUGACGACAGCAGCGAUGUGGGGAUUCCCUCCAAGCUCUCUCUGAGCGUGGCCCAUGCUCGAGCUGACAGAGAGGGAAAGGAACAGGAAUUUUCCUUCAAGUCUACUGGCACGCCUGUUCCUGGAAAGCCCUUGGGCAAAGAUGUCAGCGCUUACAUUAACACAGCAGGAAAAAUGGUUAUUUCCAUUCAUCAAGAUCAGGAAAACAUGGCAGGAAAGGAAAUAUCUUUUGUUAGGCAGGAAAGUUUUACCAAAGAUAAAUCAAGCAGUGCUGUUCCUCAAAACAAGCUUCCUCAUAUUUCAAGUCACCCUCUGCUCAAAGAUUUAGAGGCUGUUCGGUCAAACCGCAUGGACUUUGGACAGGACACUCAUCUUCUUCUUAAGGACACUGAAACUGCCUUGGCGGCGCUGGAAGCCAAAUUACUUGGUCAAAACCAAAAGCUGGAGCCCUCGGAAACUGCUGGUCAGCUGGAGGACUCCCUGUCCGGUGACUCAGACGUGGACACAGCCAGCACGGUCAGUUUGGUGAGCGGCAAAAACGUCCCCACAAGCGCCCCAAAACGCAAAGCAGUGGCGAGCUUGCAGAAGGAGAAAUCUUCUUCCUCACCAUCAAUCCAGGACCAGUGCGGGCAGCCCAGUGCACGGGACAGGCUGACGGAGAAGCGGAAGGCCAACGUGCCAGAGGCUCCAAGGUCUGUGGAGGCCACCAAGCGCUUCCAAAUGAAGCGGAGUGCUGGGACUCGGGGGUCACUUGACUUCACAGAUGAUGAGAGGAGCUCGAGUCUGCCUUACCUGCCAGUCCCUGAUGCAGUGGUGUCUGACCACGAGCACUCGGUGCCCCGACCUGCUCCCAGAAGGAAGCCUUUUACUCAGGCUGCCAAGGAGGAUCACAGCAAAGCAACGGCAAAUGUGCAGAAGAUCCAGCAAGUUCUCACCCGCUCCAACAGCUUAUCCACCCCGCGGCCCACGAGGGCCUCAAAGCUGCGUCGUGCCCGGCUGGGAGAUGCUUCAGACAACGAGUGUGUUGAUGCUGAGAAAACAGCCUCCAACCCUGAAGCUGUUGCACCGGGCUCCAAGCAGUCCACAGAGACAAAAAAGCUGUCCCGGCUUGACAUCCUCGCCAUGCCGCGGAAGCGGGCAGGUUCAUUUACGGUGCCCAGUGACUCUGAGACAGCACAGUCAAGGACGGGGUUUUCUGGCCGGAGUGUGGAGUCCUAUCGGAAGGCGACUGUGUCGGAGAUCCGAGCUGCAGCGAGGAAAACAGCAGCUGCUGCCUCUGCCAAGCAGCCGUUCAGCAGGACCCGCUCAAGCAGUGUCAAGUAUUCCUCCACCUCCACAUCAAGGCGGAGACCGCAGGGUUCAGAUUACACUUCUACUUCGGAGGAAGAAUAUGGCUCAAAUCACAGCUCCCCUAAACACAAACGCUCCCAUACUUCAACAGCCACACAGACGCCGAGGAUACGUGGCUCUGGGCUGGGCAAGCAGAAACACAAUGGCAGAGAGACAGAUGACGACGAAGACUUUGAUGACCAUCCCGACCCCUACAACUUCAUGGCACAGACAGCAGAGAUAGCAGAAAUAGCCAGGCUUAGCCAGACCUUGGUGAAGGAUGUGGCCAUCCUUGCUCGAGAGAUUCACGAUGUUGCUGGAGAUGGGGACUCGCAGAGUUCGUCAGGGACAGGACCAAGCACCUCCCUCAGCUCUGUGCCCAACACUCCUGCUUCCACCAUAUCAGCAAGAGAAGAGAUUGCUCGUAGAUCUUUUCGGCUGGCAUAUCCAUCUCAGUUGGUGCAGCACAUUCCAGAAGCAAGUCUGAACUACCAGAAAGUGCCUCCGGGAUCAGUGGAACUGAAGAAUUUUGACCAAAAUAUGAAUGAUAAUAGAGAAGAUGAUCUAUCCAAAAAAACAAGGACACGAAACCGUGAGGAGGUCAUCUUUGACAACCUGAUGCUGAACCCAGUGUCCCAGUUAUCGCACACAAUCCGUGAAAAUACAGAAAACCUAGCUGAAAAAAUGAAGAUUUUGUUUCAAAACUCAGAGAGGACCUGGGAGGAGAUGGAGGCCAAAAUUAACUCUGAAAACGAAGUGCCAAUUCUGAAGACAUCAAACAAGGAAAUCAGUUCUAUCCUGAAGGAGCUCAGGAGAGUUCAAAAACAGCUUGAAGUGAUAAAUGCUAUCAUUGACCCUACUGGAAACUUGGAUGUAGUUGCCAGUAACAAAGCAUCUUCUGCUGCUAAACAAUCAACAGCCACUAAAGUCAGGACUGCUAACGCUUCUGGAUCCACACUGGAGACUUUGUCUCCAGCACAGAUGAGAAACUACACACAGAAAUCAAACUGUGGGUCUUCUAGCUUGCAAGAUACAAAUUUCAUUCCAGAUGGAGAGAAAUACGUGAUCUGAUAUUUUGUAUUGCUAUCAUAUUGUAAUCUACUGUAGUAUUGUGUGUGAGUGGUUUGUGGACAGUUUGUGUGGAGCAGUUGUUUAGAUUGCUAAUACAUUGCACAAAAGAAAGGAAUCUAUGCUGUGAGGGUGAAUGGCAAGUCUGCAUAUGCCUUUGAAUCAAGACUAGCACUGUGGAGCAGCACAUGUUCAGCAUAGAGGCAAACUGAUUUCUAACAAUUUACUCACUCUUCCAGUGUUGUGCCAUAAGCAAACAGGCUUUGCACACCCUCUGUUCAGUACUGCCCAGUGCUUUUGCAUCAGCCUGUUCAUAAUGAUUCAGUUGUAAUGAGGCUCAAUUUAAGAAACACUUUUUUGGGUACUAGAUUUGUUUUGGUUUUGCUUUGCUGUUUUGUUUUAAUUGUGUAAGCGAGCAUUGCAGCUCUGUUGGAAUCCAAGUGCAAAUCCAGCAGAAUGAUGGUGCAAUACAGUGGGUUUCUAGGAGAAACUCAUUACAGUUCUCUAAGUAGUCCUUUUCAGCAGUCUUAAAAAGGCAACCAUACUGAAGUUGUACAUUUUUAUGUUCUUUUUUCAGCCCCAAAACUAAAACAAGACAUAAUUUCUUUUUUUUUUUUCUUCCCUCUUGGUCAAGUGUAAGAGUUGUUAAUUGUGUGAAUGUAAUGACUACUAAUGCAGUUGCUGUUUUUGAUGUUUCAGUCCCAAAAUUAUUUGUAGGUACGAAAAGUCAAAUUAUGGUUUAGCUUGCCAAAUUUUUGAUACAGUUCCUGUCUUUACAGGUUCAAAAGAUUUGCUGUACAAUCUUUCACAGUGAGCUACAAAUGCUCCAGUCUGGGCCAAAGACUGAGAUGGUUGUGAUUUAGCUAAUUGUUAAGAGAAACAUCUGUUCCAGUGGCUCACGUAAUAAACUUAAUUGCAUAGCUGCUGUGAACUAGUGUUCACUUGAUGGCACUCAAAAAAGAAUGGCAGCAAUGUAGCUCCUCGUUUAUGGUUAGUUCUGCUAUGAACUUCUUACUCAGUGCAAAAGUGCUUGAAAACUACCAUGUUGUGCUGUUCCUUAGGAACUACCUGCCAGUGUCAAGCACUUGGUACAUUUGGGAUUUUUGUCUGGAUUUUGUCUUUUUUUUGUCUGUCUCCUAGACAUUGAUGAGUAUUACGUGCAGUUGCACUAAGCAGUUUCCUGUUGAGAAAGCAUUGCGUUUUGUAUCCACCCUUUCAGUUACAUACAAAACCCAAAGCAAUUUUUCUUACUUUAAGAACAAAAGGUUUGUUUUUUGAGGGGACCUCUUCCAGGUGUGUUUGCUCCCAGUUUUCUCCAUCCUGUAGUAAUUCCUUUGUCAUUCAUUCCUGGUCCACAAGCAGUAAUCAGGUAGAGAAAUCCUUCCAUAUUCAUGGAGGAAACAUUUGCUGGGAAAGGUGAGCAGAUGAGUUCCACUUUGCCCUCAUACAGUGUGUAGUUUAACCAGUGAAAAUGGAACCCCAAGCUUGACUGCUGCUUCUUGUGUGCUGACUUUAUAUUUUGGGGUGGUAGUGGAUCCCUUAGUUAGCUUCAGUAGUUACCUGAGCUUUUCUGCUACAAUGUCGUGAAAGUGGGAGCCAGCUACAAUAAUUUCAAUAAGUAGGGAUGCUCACAAAGAGUUUAAUCUUACUAGCAAAGAGCAUGAGGGCUUUCCUGGUGAAGCCAUUGGGAAAUUUAAGUCAAUUUCAGCAGAAACAGAAUCAGUCCUGUGAUGGGAGGAUGCCAGCAGGCCAUUAGCUUCUCUUGUCUCUGCAAGAUGCUGGCUGUCAAACAAUAAGUUCAGAUACCCUUCCAAGAUCUCCAGCAGCUUAUAAGGCUCAUCUGCUUACGUGGAAAUGCUCUUCCAUGAAGAAAUCUGCUGAAUUUCACAUAAAUGAAAGCAGAAUAAAAGAAAAGAGAGAAAAAAAAUUGCCCUUCAUGUUCUUCUGCCUGUAAUUUACGCACUGUACCUUCUUCUGCCUGUAGUAUACAGAAUGUGUUCAUUUGGUUGUUUAUCUGAUCUGUCUUUCCUUGAGAUGCCUGACUGUGUCUGUGAUGAAUAUCCUACGUGGUGGUGUUGUUCCUGACAUAUGACACGUGUGUUCAGGCCCUUCUUUGUUAGGGCUUAGUAUGUCCAGGUGCUACCCCAGCUCAUUAGGAGUUGAAGGACCUUCACAGAUAAGGUGUUGCUGUUAGUUUCAGUUUUGCUAUAGAAACACAUGAAUUACUCAGACAUCUGAAUUUUAUUGUUCACUAUGUUUCUGCAUCUUCCUGGCUGUGCUCUGGUGGUUUUUGUUUCUUUGCAACACAUCCUUGAUGUGACUUCUGUUUACUUUCACUUGAAAAUUACUUGAUUCUUACUUCUUUGGUAAACACAUCAGGAAUGGAUUUUCAUCCUUGAUUGCUUUGCUCUGAAUUUGAGAGAGAGCCUGCAGCCACCUGACAUCAACCCACCAAACAUGGGACCUCUUCAAGUACGGGAUGCAGCAGUCCAUGUCUGCUUGCAAUUUGGAUGUGUUUGUGUAGGGCUGGGAGGAGAUGCACAGCUUGACUUAUUUGUGACUCAGCCAGAAUACACAAUGCUUGUGUGCUGACACAGCGUUCAUGCUUGGAUCUUUGCAUUCAAAACACUCUUGUUGGUGAUGAAGUGCAACUUGUCUUUCCUCAUGUUCGCUGCUUCUGAAAUACAUACACUCCAUUUGCACUUGUCUGCUCGGAUAAGCCAAAGAGAGAGCCACACAGCCACAGCUCCUUCAUCCUUUGGUCGUUCUUACAGUGUGCAUGGCCAUGAAAACACGCCUGUGUGUGACUGCAGUGCUACUCUCCAGGUGUAUCCUGCUGCCCAGGCUCAGUGUGUAGGAAACCUGAUGGCUUUGGCAGGCUGUGUGUGGAGUUUGGAGCGACCCUGACCCCACGGGCAGUUCUCAUUACCAUUUUGCUUUCGUGUGUUUUGUAUUUGACUAAAGAAAUGUAACAAAGGGUGGGAUUUUUCAAAGCCGCAGGGAAGCAAGUGCUCAGACCCUUUUGGGCUCCCAAGUGAAUUUGGGUGCCUGAUGUCAGGAGCACCUUUCAAAAUCCCAAUCCUCCGUUCUGCUAUACUUGAAAACCAUGUUCUCAGUUCAACGCUUUCAAAUGUAAAAACCUGUUCUUUUGUUCUGAUGGAAUGAAUGUAAAUUUCUGCAAGAAUGUGUGGGAGCUUUGCUAGGGAGGACCUUAACUACAGCCAUGUCCUGUUGUGGUUGUGCUCCAGGAGGAAAGAAGUCUGCAUCAUCUUCAAGUAUUUUAGUAAGGGUAAAACUAGUGGAAUGUUUACAUCCAGACUACUGGGAAGGAAAAAAGAAAAAAAAAAAAAAAGGUGAAAAAGUGUAAAUAAGUGCAAGAUUCUACUAGUUUUUGUUGUGUUGCAGAUCACAGUAGCUAUUUUUGAAGCUGGGUAAAUGUGUAUAACUCUUGCAAGGACCAGACAGAGCUACCUGUUCACGUCAAUGUGCCCCGUGCUAAAUCGUGCCUAUUUCACUAUCUGCUGUCGUUAUGCUGCUGAUUCUGCUCUUCUGAACUGUUCACUGGAUCAUUCCAUUUGCAUGCAGCACAAAUGCAAGCUGAGCUGUCUGAGAGUAAAGCUGAAACACGUCGGUAUAACUUGAACUGAUCAAUGACUUUCUCUUUCCCACACCCUCUUGAAAUGCUGUGUACAAUUUUGAUUUCUUUAUCCUACCCCUGUUUUGUUUUUUGCUUUUUUUUUUUUUUUUUUUUUUUGAAUGGUAAUUUAUUUUUGUUUGGAUUAUAGGCAGUAUCUGUACAUUUUGUUCCAAGGUGAUAUUGUGGACGUCUUUAAGGAAAAAAAAAAAUAAAUUGUUAUUUUAUAUAAUUUUAUCAUAAAGUUGCUCUAAUAAAUCAUUCUUUUAUCAUGUGACACUACA